AUGGACAAUCAGACGGCAGUGACCACAUUCCUUCUGUGGGGAUUUUCCAGUUUCCCAGACCUACAACAUCUUCUUUUUGCAGUGAUUUUCUUCUCCCAUGUGACCAUCCUAGCUGCAAAUGGGUCCAUAAUGAUGGCCAUCAAGCUCAGUCACAAUCUUCACACUCCCAUGUACUUUUUCCUCUGUGGCCUAUCCUUUUCAGAAACCUGUGCCACUAUGGUAAUCAUCCCUCGCAUGCUGGUGGACUUAUUAUCACUCAGCAAAACUAUUUCUCUUCCCGAAUGUGCCACACAAAUGUUUUUCUUUUUUGGUUUGGCAGCCAACAACUGCUUCAUCAUGGCUGCCAUGUCCUAUGAUCGCUACACUGCCAUCCACAACCCACUGAACUAUCACAUGCUGAUAACCGGCAGCAUCUGCUGUCAGCUGAUGAUGGCCUCUUUUCUGGUUGGGUUUUUUAUUUCUCUAUGUAUCGUCAUGACUGUAUUCAACUUGUCAUUUUGUGACUCCAGAAUCAUCCAGCACUUUUUCUGCGACAUCUCACCUGUAGUCAGCCUUGCUUGUGAUUACACUUUUAUUCAUGAAAUGAUUCUUUUUGUGCUCUCUGCCUUUGUGUUGGUGGGCAGCUUUAUUCUGAUUAUGAUUUCCUAUGUGUUCAUCGUGUCCAUAGUUGUAAAGAUGCCCUCCGCAAAGGGGAGAUAUAAGGCCUUCUCAACUUGUUCUUCCCAUCUUUCUGUAGUGUCCAUUCACUAUGGAUUUGCUUCCUUUGUGUAUCUGAAGCCCAAGAACAGUGAAUCGUUUCAUGAUGACAUGCUGAUGGCUGUGACAUACACAGUACUCACACCUCUGCUUAACCCUAUUGUUUAUAGUUUAAGAAACAAGGAAAUGCAGAUAGCCCUAAAGAAAGUAAUAGGCAAUAUUAGUAGAUUUAUUCUUCCUCUGCAAAGAGGUAAUAGAUAG